AUGCCUUUCCGCGCAUUCCUUUGCAGGUUCAUCUUCUGCGCCGUCUUUUCUGUUUCCGUCAUCAAUGUUUUCACCAAGGCCACCCCACCUGCAUUUUCGCUUCGACAGCCGCAGUCAUCGUCAAACGACCUGGAAGAUUUCAUAUGCCCGCAAUCACAGCUCGCGGACGAUGUGCUGGUAGUACUCCGCACAGGUGCGACCGAGUCUCGACAAAAGCUACCUGUGCAUUUUCGUACCACGCUGCUAUGCGUGCCCCACUUUCUAGUUGUCUCGGACAUGAACGAGGAGGUUGAUGGCGUCGAGGUACAUGACGUCUUGGCGGGUGUCAGUGAGCAAUCGAAGAAGGAAAGCGAUGACUUCAAGCUGUACCACCACCUGCAAGAGCAUGGACGACGGGGGCUGCCAAACCAGAAGAUCGUCACCGGCAUGUCAGGGUCAUCAAAAGGCGACUAUCUACAGACGGACAACGACGGAUGGAAGCUGGACAAGUGGAAGUUUUUGCCCAUGAUUGACCAUGCCUACGCCAGGAAGCCGGAUGCGAAGUGGUUUGUGUUCAUCGAGGCGGACACGUACUUGGGCUGGAACAACCUCCUGGACUACCUCGGCAAGUUUGACGACACGAAGCCAUACUAUAUCGGCAAGCACCUGUACAUCAACGACGUCGAGUUCGGAUACGGUGGCGCUGGCUUCGUCCUGUCGAACCCUGCAAUGCACAAGGUUAUCGAGCAGCGCUCCGAACACAUCAGCGAAUACGAGGACUUCACCAAGACGCAUUGGGUCGGCGACUGCGCACUCGGCAAGGUCAUGGAGGACGUCAAGGUUCCACUUCACCGCGCGUUUCCCCACUUCCAAGGCGAUUCACCCGCAUCUGUCGACCCAGCCAUCACCAAGAUCGACCGCGAUCUAUGGUGCUUUCCCACCAUCACAUACCACCACGUCUCGCCCGCUGAGAUCAAGGAGCUCUGGGCCUUUGAGCAGGACUGGUACAGUCGGCACGACAUCACGCUCCGCCACCGCGACGUCUUUAUGGAGCUGGUCCGACCAAAAAUCGCUCCAUCAGUCUCGGCAUGGGACAAUCUGUCCGCUGACAGGGAAUAUAAUGCGCACGACCACAGCACGGCCGACAACUCUUUCGAACGCAACGCAUGGAAGAGUUUCGCGCACUGCCGCGCCCUCUGCGACGACCAAAAAGACUGCAUUCAAUUUUCUUUCAACGCCGGUAUCUGCUCGAUAUCAACAAAAUUCACGCUGGGCUACGCUAAGCCUAACGAGCGGAUUCAAAGCGGGUGGAUGAUAGACCGCGUAGACGAUUUGUUCCGCAGUCUGGAAGAUCGGUGUGGCGUUCGGGACUGGUUUGCGCCGGAUGAGCCGGUCAGACCUGAGUUGAAGAUGAGACGGAAGAGGAGUUUGUAA